CAUCACAGAUGCAUUAGUUGCAGGUAAUCUAUCAAGUAGUCAAUAUUGAAAUGGCCACUUCCGAAACAACCGAGAAAUGGUCAAUAAAAAAAUUGUGCACACGUUUGGUAGUAACUGUUAGAUAUGUGUAUGAUUUACUUCGUACUGUACUGAUUCUGGCAGUAUUUAAAAUUCCCUUCGAUUGGAUUAUCUUGGGUAUCGAUCCAUUGAGAACCGAUCAGAUAAUAUUCUUCGUAGCAGCAACAACAGCAUGCAUUGUAUCAGCUGCACCAGCACCUGACUCUUAUGGAAGCAAAUUCUAUCGAAUAUCGAGCGAAAUUCUUAUAUUUCUACUGAGCGAAGUCGCCGUAUUUGCAACCGUAGUAAUGAACGGAGCUUGGAUUUGGAAUUUUCUGGUAGCUUACAACGAUGAUAUUCAUUUAGGUGGCGCAUUCGCAGCAUUGUGUUACUGGACCUUUUCAUUUCUGGUUGUGAACGCCGUUAUUCAUUUAAUUCUGAUUUACCAUUUAGUUCGUGGAACAGGAGAGAAGGUUAUUCAAUACAGUGUGGUUGUCAGAGCUGUGUACUGGGUGACUGCAGUCAUUCUGAUUUAUGCGUUAGUUCCAUUCAUGUGUUCAAUGCCGAAAGAAAUAGAUAUUGCACCCAUUUUGUUACUAAACACUCAGAUAAUUAUAGCAAUAUUCCCAGUACUGUUCACCGCCCGCGAAAUAAAAUUUGGAAAGGAAUCAAAAAUAAUAAAAAAAUGGUUCGAUCUGCCCUACUAUUACGAUUACAUCGUUGCAUUGACACUACUUCCAGUACUUAUUUCAACUGGGAUUAUUGUAGCAAAAUAUGGAAUAGCGUCUUUCUUCGAGCAAAUUAAAUACACGAUAGAGUUUGACAUUGCAGCCAUCAUGAAAGCGAGAAAUAUGCAAAACAUAUGGUUUGAGGCGAGUUUAUCAGCCGAAAUAAGCCCGCUAUUUCUUGAGACUUGUAGGUCGUUCUUGACAAUUGGGUGUGGCUUAGUCUACUCUUUCGUGCAAUAUACGUACCUGAAUCACACAAUCUAUGUACAGUGGACACGGAGACCUAGACCUAAACCAUCUUUGGCAGCCUCGACACCUAAAGUAGCAAUCUAAAAUCCGAAAUUAAGGUUCAAUAAUAGUAGCUUUUGUAUGUUACUAUGACCACAGUGUGAAAAAUGUAUGUUUUUG